UGGCUCUUCUUCUAGUACAAGCUAAUUAUUUCUCCCCUUGUUGUUUGUCAAUAUCUUCAUCAUGAAGCUUGAGGGAAAAUAUAGUCUGCUUAUGCUGUUAUGUACAUUUAUUUUUGCAGUGUUUGAAGUAUCAGCCUUACCAUAUGAUUACUCGGCAAGUAUUGAGUGUUUGGCCAAUCCUCAGAAACCCCAAUAUGGUGGAGGGAUCAUCAUAAACCCGGAAUUAAAUGAUGGGUUGAAAGGAUGGUCUAUUUUUGGCAAUGCAAAACUACAACACAUAGAAUCACAAGGCAACAAAUUCCUUGUGGCUCAUAGUAGAACGCAACCUCAUGACAGUAUGUCUCAAAAGGUUUACUUGCAAAGUGACAAGCUCUACACAUUUUCUGCUUGGAUAAAAGUGAGUACUGGUAGUGACGUUCCAGUAGCAGCUACUUUCAAGACAGCUUCUGGAUUCAAACGUGCUGGUGAGAUCAUUGCAGAAUCAAAUUGUUGGUCCAUGCUCAAGGGUGGUCUAACAGUUGAAGCUUCAGGCGCUGCGGAGCUCUACUUUGAGAGCAAGAACACCUCCGUUGAGAUCUGGGUUGACAGCAUCUCGUUGCAAGCAUUCACCGAAAAGGAAUGGAAGUCUCAUCAAGAUCGAAGCAUUGCCAAGAAUCGUAAGAGCAAAGUGCACAUACAAGCAGUUGAUGCAGAAGGAAAUCCUCUGCCAAAUGCAACUAUCUCCAUCCAACAAAACGUUCCAAGUUUCCCUUUUGGUUGUUCCAUUACCAAGCUCAUCCUCAACAACCCUGCCCACCAAAAUUGGUUCACGUCAAGGUUCACAGUAACAACAUUUGGGGAUGAAAUGAAAUGGUACAGUACAGAGAGUAUCCAGGGACGUGAGGACUACUCAGUAGCUGAUGCCAUGCUUCAGUUUGCAGAAGAAAACAACAUUGCAGUCAGAGGCCACAAUGUGUUCUGGGAUGAUCCGCAAUACCAACUCAGUUGGGUCAAAUCACUCGAUACACAUCAACUUAUUAAUGCAACUUACAAGAGGCUAAAUUCUAUCAUGCAGAGAUAUAAAAGCAAGCUCAUUGCCUGGGAUGUUGUUAACGAAAAUUUACAUUGGAAUUUCUUUGAAAGUAGGAUGGGUGCAAAUGCUUCAACAAUUUUUUAUAACUGGGCUAUUAAAGCUGAUGGAGAAACCCCCUUGUUCCUGAAUGAUUUUAAUACCAUUGAAGAGAGCAGAGAUGGAGCAUCCAUGCCGGCUAUGUACCUUCGAAAGCUCAGAGAGAUUCAGAGCUUCCCAGGCAACAGUGGGGGACGGUUUGGGAUUGGGCUUGAAUCUCAUUUCAAUAGUAGUACUCCAAACCUUCCUUACAUAAGAGCUUCUCUCGAUACCCUUGGUGUUGCAAAUGUGCCCAUUUGGAUCACUGAAUUGGACGUGGCAAGCCAUCUCGAUCAGCCAUUUUACUUGGAGCAGGUUCUAAGAGAGUUGCAUUCUCACCCUCAUAUUCAAGGAAUCAUUAUGUGGGCUGGACGGGGACCGAAAGGAUGUUACAGAAUGUGUUUGACAGAUGAAAACUUCAACAACUUGCCAACUGGUGACGUUGUGGACAAGUUACUGCAGGAAUGGGGUUAUAGGAGCUCGGCUUCUUUCACAGCAGAUGCCAAUGGUUUCUUCGAGGCCUCUCUUCCCCAUGGAGAUUAUGACAUGAAGAUCAGUCAUUCUUCAGCGACGCAUUCAUCCAUGGUUCACAAAUUCAAUGUGGCAUCAAUUACUAUGUCUCUCCAAUUUUCUGUAUGAGAUAUCGAUCUUAUUCUGUUGGGUGUUUUGUGCAUAUCUGUAACUAGAAAUUAUGAUGUUCGAAAAGAAAAACAAACACUAUAACGCA